AUGGACUCCUCACCACUCGCCAAGCUGUCGGCGGAGCUGCGCAACGAAAUAUAUGAGCUCGCGCUUUCAUUCGAGGACACCAUCACCGUCACCGGAACUUCAGCCUCUAGUGACCUCGAGUGCUCUAUCGGUCACCCCACUGCACUUAUCCAAACAUGUCGCCAGAUCCGCUCGGAAGCGACCAGGAUGUUCUACGCGAACAACACUUUCCACAUCGGUGGAUCAGGCUCAAGUGACAGUGUCGAGGUCACCGACGCCUUUUCAGUCCUUCAGCGCUUCUCUCACACCAUCGGCCUCCACAACAGCAAAGCCAUCAAGCGUAUCAGCGUGGAAGUGGUUUAUCAUCAGCGGAUGCAUUUUCCACUCGAACCGUCAGCGAUGGAGAACAUCAAUGCUCAGAUCAAGUCGAUGCGUCACGCCGCGCAAUUCCUUGAUACCAAAUCGUUCAAGUGUGUGUUGAAGCUCUACUCCCUUUUCCAACAUCGUUUCAGACCAGCUGUUGUGGUGGAGCUGGAUGUGGUGGACUAUGAGGACUCGAGGCAAAAGGCGAUUGCCAAAAACCGGGAGGACUCGUUGGAUCUAGGAGACGCUAUCUUCGCUAGGUUGUUCUUGGGGAUGCUACAUAAAGAUUUUGGCGAGGAGCAUGGCGAGUGA